AUGCCGGCCCUGAUGCUCCUCGGGACCCUGGUGCUCCUGGCCUCCGCCGCCGGCCAGGCCGGGGCGCGCCCGUCCAACGGCACGAGCCCCGCGCCGCCGGGCCCGCUGCCCGCGCUGCUGGCGCACCUGCGGCGCCUGACCGGGGCGCUGACGGGCGGCGGGGCCGCGGCGGGCGCCAACGGCACGAGGAGCAGCCCCGCGGGCGGCCCGGGCGCGGCGGCCCGCGCGCCCCCUCCGGCCGAGCUGUGCCACGGCUACUACGACGUCAUGGGCCAGUACGACGCCACCUUCAACUGCAGCACCGGCUCCUACCGCUUCUGCUGCGGCACCUGCCACUACCGCUUCUGCUGUGAGCACCGCCACAUGCGCCUGGCGCAGGCCUCCUGCUCCAACUACGACACGCCGCGCUGGGCCACCACGCCGCCGCCGCUGGCCGGGGGCGCGGGCGGCGCCGGGGGCGCGGGCGGGGGGCCGGGGCCCGGCCAGGCCGGCUGGCUGGAAGGGGGCCGCACCGGGGGCGCGGGCGUGCGCGGGGGCGAGGGCCCCGGCGGCAGCACGGCCUACGUGGUGUGCGGGGUCAUCAGCUUCGCCCUGGCCGUGGGCGUCGGCGCCAAAGUGGCCUUCAGCAAGGCGUCGCGUGCGCCCAGGGCGCACCGGGAGAUCAACGUGCCCAGGGCGCUGGUGGACAUCCUGAGGCACCAGGCGGGGCCCGGGGCCCGCCCGGACCGGGCCCGAAGCAGCUCCCUGACCCCGGGAAUCGGGGUUCCCGACAGCAUGCCCCCCAGGACGCCCAAGAACCUCUACAACACCGUGAAGCCCUCCAACCUCGACUGGCGGGCUGUGCCUCCGCCCAGCCCCUCCUUGCACUAUUCCACGCUGUCCUGCUCCCGCUCCUUCCACAACCUGUCGCAUCUGCCCCCGUCCUACGAGGCGGCCGUGAAGUCGGAGCUGAGCCGCUACUCCUCGCUCAAGAGGCUGGCCGAGAAGGACCUGGACGAGGCCUACCUGAAGCGCCGGCACUUGGCGGAGGCGCCCCGCGGGACGCUGCCGCUGCACGCCCUCCGACGGCCCGGCACCGGGGGCGGCUACCGCACGGACGGCUGGGGCGGCCCCGAGGAGCUGGGCCUGGCGCCCGCGCCCAACCCGCGGCGCGUCAUGUCCCAGGAGCACCUGCUGGGCGACGGCCGCGGCUCGCGCUACGAGUUCACGCUGCCGCGCGCGCGCCUCGUGUCGCAGGAGCACCUGCUGCUGUCCUCGCCGGAGGCCCUGCGCCAGAGCCGCGAGCACCUGCUGUCGCCCCCGCGCAGCCCCGCGCUGCCCCCCGAGCCCACCGCCCGCGCCAGCCUGGCCGCCUCGCACUCCAACCUGCUCCUGGGGCCCGGGGGGCCCCCCACGCCGCUGCACGGGCUGCCGCCGCCGGGCCUGCACGCCCACCACCACCACGCGCUGCACGGCUCGCCGCAGCCGGCCUGGAUGGCGGACGCCGGCGGGGGCGGGGGCACGCUGGCCCGCAGGCCGCCCUUCCAGCGCCAGGGCACCCUGGAGCAGCUGCAGUUCAUCCCCGCCCACCACCUGCCCCAGCACCUGCGCACGGCCAGCAAGAACGAGGUGACGGUCUGA